UUUGGCAAAGUCCGGCUUGAGGAGGAUCGGAAGGGAAGGGCGGCGAAGUCUUUUGAAUAUCUCAGUUCCUGUUUCUUUGCUUACCAAGUUUUGAUCCAUAAUGGAUAAUCUGUCAGCAGAAGAAAUUCAACUAAGGGCGCACCAGGUGACUGAUGAGUCCCUGGAAAGCACAAGGAGAAUCCUGGGUUUAGCCAUUGAGUCUCAGGAUGCAGGAAUCAAAACCAUUACUAUGCUGGAUGAACAAGGGGAAAAACUGAACCGCAUAGAAGAAGGCAUGGACCAAAUAAACAAAGACAUGAGAGAAGCAGAGAAGACGUUAACAGAGCUCAACAAGUGUUGUGGUCUUUGUGUUUGCCCUUGGAAUAGGUCAGCAAAUUUUGAGUCUGGCAAGGCUUAUAAAGCAACAUGGGCUGAAGGUGGAGACAGUUCACCUGGUAAUGUGGUUUCUAAGCAGCCAGGCCGUAUGACAAAUGGUCAGCCUCAGCAAACAGCUGCAGGAGGAGCCAGUGGUGGAUACAUUAAACGGAUAACUAAUGAUGCCAGAGAAGAUGAAAUGGAAGAAAAUUUGACUCAGGUGGGCAGUAUCCUGGGGAACUUGAAAACAAUGGCCUUAGACAUGGGCAAUGAGAUUGACUCUCAGAACAAGCAAAUAGGGAGAAUCACUGAGAAGGCUGAUACUAACAAAGAUCGUAUUGAUCUUGCCAAUGCCAAAGCAAAGAAACUCAUUGAUAGUUAAAGAUGUUGCUGCUGCCUUCAUCUGGGAAUUCAUCUAUUACGUCCUCCAGUUCUUCCUGAAUCACUCACUACCUUUCAGUGUUUGAAAUUUCUUUGCCCCAACAACCCAUUCUAAGCAAAGAGAUGGGAAGAAAGGGCAAAGAGUGAAACAGCUCCCUGCCAUUUGGUUUUGAAUUCUUGCUCUUUUCCCUCGUGAGCAGAUUGCUAUAAACCAUCCAGUCCUCUCUAUGGGGUUCUCCUCAGUGUACAGGCUGAGGUUGUAUUGCAAACCUUUAAAAUUGUCAUAUAUUCUUCUUGUUCCACUCAAGCAAAUUUUUGCUUGCAGGAUUUUUAAGCGUUGCCAAAGAUAGCAGUGGAGGAGGGAGAGCGUAUAUGCUCUGGGAGUGGGGUAAGAAGGAGGAAUGCAUGAGGUUUAUUUGUUGUUGUUUCUGUUAUACCAGUAAAAUUCUACAGGCCCUAACUAUAUUGAAAAGUUACAUACAUAAAUGCCCAGUCAUCUCCCAUCCCUCUUUGAAAAUACAGUUGGGUUCACUAUCAAUUUAAUUAACUGGGCAAAUCACCCAGCCUCUCUUGGUGUCCCAUGCAGUUGUCCAGGGACUCUAGAAGUUGCAGAACACAUGCCUAUCUGCAUUUGGGGUUUGGGGAAGUUUCCUUCCUGGAGCUCCCUACACAGAUGAAAUCACAUCCCAGGACCAAAAACAAAGUCUUUAAGAUAAGGGUGGUAAUAAAUAACUUAUUUGGCUUCUAUUUGGUUUUGGAGAUUGUGGUUCUUAAAAUCGUAAAAUCUUAAAACAGGCAGAAGAGAGUAACUUUUUUUUUAAAUAAAGGAACUUGAUUUCUCUCCAGAUGAUUGCUAUAUGGACAUGUUUUGUGAUCUCAUUUCAUGCUGUGCACUUUCCAAGAACAUUUUCCAUGAGUUUAUGGUUUAAAAUAAAAAAUAUGUGUAGCAUCAUGUUCCCAUACAAACUUGCAUCCUCAUUAAUUUAUCAUCCCAGUGUUGAUACCAUUUGUUUGGGAGAAAUUAAACAUAAUUUACAGAUUAAACUGAUAUUUCUUUAAAGGUUGACAAAUUGUAUAAAGUAAAUUCAAGUUUACCUCAGAACCAUGAAUCAUUAUGGUAUGAGGCUUUUGUUUUUGGAGGAAGGGUUUGGGAGUUGCUGUAAGUCUGACCUUAAAAAAAAAAAAAGUUAAGUUGCUUUGAUAUCCUUACAUCUCCCAGCUUUAAAACUUGUUACCUUUCUCCACUGUAAUAGUCUACCUAUUCUAGGUUAUGCUUGUUUCUGUUCAACUAGAAGUGAUAUGGAAAAUCAUAAGCUUGGCUCAGUUAUUAAGAAAAAUAUGAUUGCUCUAUCUUUUUCACAUUUACUUCAUCCUGUAUCAGAUUUGGGUCCCCAACAUCACCUGAAAGUAUAUGUGACCUGAUUAUAUUUGUCCCUUUUUCAUUAAUGUACUGAUAUAUAUAAAUCAGCCGUUUUUCUGGACUGGUUUUCUACAUAUCACAACUUGAUACUUGCAAUUAAAUUUUGUACCUGACCAGUGGAACUGUGUUCUCUCAAGGUGAUAGUUCUUUUUGAUCAUUGUUUUGGGAGAAGUGUGUCAACUUAGUUUGUGAAAUGAACAAAAAGUGGUCUGUAAGUAAACAGCCAAAUUGAAGCUGCCAUUAGCAUGAUCAUGUUUUCAUGAAUAAAGUUUUUGAUUUCUUUUU